GUUAAAAACUGCGUACAACAGCAUUAUAAUAAACGGAUAUUCGAAGUGGUGACAGACGACUGUUCAACUAAACCGUAUUCAUAAAGUUUCAAAGUGACAAACAGGCAGUGAUUUUAGACUAUUAAUUUUCAAGAGGCAAGUCUUUAAAUGAAGUCCCAAAAUUUUGUAAUAUUUCCCUUAUUUUGUGUUUUAUUAUUCUGUGUACUCUCAAUAAAUUCGCAACAAGCACCGCCUUGUUCACCAGGCUGUUUUCCAAAACUGAUCACGGAGACGCCCUCAAUUUGCAGUAAUGGACAACCAGCAACUCCAGAAGGUGAAUUUUGUGAAUGUUGCCCUCCUCCUCCUCUUUAUCCUCAAACUGGUCCUUCUCCCGAUCUUCCUCCUGGACGAGAUCCUCCUCCUUUCUAAGCGUAUUCUUCUCCGCCCAAUAGUAAAUACUAAAUUAUUAAUAAACGAUUGAAUUGACGAAAAUAUAAUUAAACAUUAUCCAUUAACUCUAUUUAAAUUUUAUAAUAAAUCUCUAUCACAUGAAUUUCUUUAGGCAACGAAUUUCUUUUCCUUGGCUUGAUUACGAUUACAAACGCAUUCCUAAAUCAAUAAAUUUACUAUGUUAUGUUAUUAUACUAUACGACUAAUUUGUUUUGUUAUAAAAUGUAGUAUAUUUAAUUUAUGUAUGAUUAGACAUAUGCUUUUUUUUUAUGAUUUAUUUAAAAUUAUAAUAUUCACUGUUUGGUUAAAAAUAUAUCAACAUAUACAAAUAUAUAA